CUUCCUUCCUUCACCUGGUUUGGAAAUGAGCAGCAGGCAGCCUGAAGGGUGCAGAGGGAAAAGAAAGUGAGGCAAACACAGACAACAACUUCGAAUCCAGACAUCCUUCUCAGAGAAAUCCUCAUUUUUCCGACUCUUUUUCUGUGUCUGCAUUUUUUAUAUUCUUUUUUACAAGCAGGCUUGUUCUGUUUUUUGGGAAAGUAGAACGUUGACUUGGGAGCAGAAAUGUCUUCGCUUUUCCUCAGUGCUGUGAGCUGUGUGUGCGUCUUUUAUCUUGGUGCCUCUGCUGAGGCGUGCACACCUGCUGUUCUGGCGAAACGCGGUUCCAUUUUCGUGUCUGAGGGACACACGUUGAGUUUGUCCUGCGUUGUCCAACACUGUGAAGUCACCUGGGCAGGCAAAUGGAAGUGGGAGAAGUCCAUGGACUCGAACAGCAGCAUUGUUACAGAAAACCAGAGACACCGUUUGAUGGUGAAAACGCCUACAGCGAGUGAGAUCCAACUUCUUCUAGAAGUCCGAAGAGUCAAAGCGGCAGACAUGGGGGCCUAUCGGUGCAGUGUGGAGUGGGGUGAUGGCAGCACCGAACUCGGACAUUGGACAUAUGUGAACAUCACACGAGUGGUUCCCACUCAGAGAAAGGUCUUGCACAGGUAUUAUGUUUUGGCUGGCGCUUCCCUUUGUUUGCCAGUCAUUUUGGGGUUGGCUCGAUGUCUGAGUUCAAAGGUCAAACCUCAGCCUCAACACAGGAUGCCGGUCAUUUAUGCCGCAGUGACCAAAAAUCGACCCCACGAGGCUCCGCAGCCUCCGGCUCGACAUUCUCUUCCACAGGAAUGCAGUUCUCCAGCUUUCCAAGCCCCUAAAUCCGAGCAAAAGACUGAGCUGGUGUAUGCAGACAUCUAUCAGGAUGCAAAAGGAUCACAGCGAGGUGUGAGAGGUCCCACUGAGUCCACUGUGUACUCGUCCCUCAGGUCCUACUGACUGCAGCCCACCUCAAAUGGAGAUGACGAACUGUCCAUGAACGUUUUUUACUUUUAUUUUUUAAAUUCUGGACUUGGAGGCAUUUUUUUUUGAAAAACUGUUAUAAACACAAAAAAAGCCCUCAUUCAGCAUUAGAUAUUGAAACGCGUACAACAAAAGAAAAUGACACAAAAUACAACAUUUUAUUUUAGAAUAAAUUUUUAGUGGCACAUUACAUAACCAAAUAUACAUAUAUAUGUUUAGACAUCUCUUAAAUUAAUAUAUUCCUUGUAUUUAUUCGACUUAGUUUGCGUACUCUGCAGAGACAUUUGUACAUGACAUCAAUGCAAAAGAAGUUCAUCUCCAAUAAAUUAAGCAUCAACAAAGAAAUUGCUGCAGACAACUUUUGGCAAUUCCUGCAAAAAACAAACAAAACAAAGGAAAAAAAGCAUCAAAUCUUCCAGCUCAUCACUGUUUUUCAUCAUAUGAUGAUCUUUGUCCAUUAAUGUUUCCAUUUUCAUACAAAGUAAAGAAAAAACAGUUUUGUCUCAGAUAGAAUUCUAUGAACAACUUACAGUAUUUUGAACUUUAGUUAUGAAGCUUUUUGUAAGUUUACAAAGAUUACAAACAUGUACCGGGUGUUUGUGUUUCUGUUGGUCACGUUAGGAAAAAUCUCUGUAAAUCCUUAUUAUUGUGUUUUUUUAACAUUUUUCUGUGCUGCUUUGAGAAGCUUGAUUUCUUUUUUUAACCUGUUCAAAUAGCUUUUUAAGAGAAUUUAAAAGGGAAUGGGAAGUGGUGUA